UUCAAUUCUUCGAAACAAUAAUUCAUUAAUCGGUUCCAUAGCAGAAAGUUUGCUAAAUUCUCCGAAAGUAUAGUCAAAAUGUCUGGAGGAGAAGAAUUAAUGGCGUGUCCGUACAACCGUUCUCACCGAAUAAGACCAUUGGCAAUGAGCAGGCAUCUCUACAAAUGUCGCAGAAAUCAUCCAUCCACUAAAAUGGAUAAAUGUCCGUUUAAUUCCACACACUUGGUUCCCAAACAGGAAAUCCAGCUGCAUACCAUUAUCUGUAACGAUAGAGCCCACUUUGAGUUGUACAAAUAUUGUGUUUCAAGCACUGUCGAGAGUAAAAAAGGAAAGUAUAGAGAUGCGGAACCUGAAUUGAUUUAUAACAAUGAUCCGCCAGUUAUAAAGGGGAAAAUCUCGCUCGAAAAAGAUGAGUGUUGGGAUAAAUUGAAUCGCAGCAAUGAUUCACCGGUUGCGAAGGGUAAAACGUUGCUCGACAAUGACAAGAGCUGGAGUGAGUCCGACAUAUCCACGAAGCUAGAUUCGACUCCCGAAUUGAUUUACCAUAAUGAUCCUCCGGUAACGAAGAGCGGUACCUUGCUCGACGAUGAUGAAUGCUGGGAUGACUCCAACGUACCUGCAUACAAUCCAUUGGAGUAUAUCUCCCAAGCUAAGGUGAUUCGAAAGGCACCACCUCAUAUGAAACCGUCGGAGAAGAAGCAGUUCCGUCGCAACGAACAGAUUCGAUUGAAGUCUUUUGAUAUGCAGAAACUCGAUAAAGAGCUGAAUGAUAUCAGCGCUUCGUUUUCACAACAAAUUAAUAUUCGAAGGAAAAAGCAUAACACAGUUUAA